UGUUCCUGCAAGAUAAACUAUACAUUCAAGGUCUUACCCUGAACUUAUGUGGACUUGGAACGUCUUACGGGGAUCAAGAGGUAUGUGUGUUGGUCAUGACAAGUGCUGAGGAAGCAGCCACCACCGGGAUAAGGAAAUGGUGAAUGGAAAAGAGCUCAGCAUCGCCUAUUUCGAUGCCGUAGCGUGGCUCGAUUGGUGGGGAAGUCCAGGUUGUUCCAGGAGAAGACAACAUCAAUUCUCAAAUUUUGAUUAUUAUAAGAGUGACAGGAUACUACUACCCACACGUACGCACGCAAGCAGUCAUGUCUUCGUCAACGUCUUCGUCAACGUCUUCGUCAACGUCUUCGUCAACGUCUUCGUCAACAUCAAAAAGUUCAAAAUACCACGGGGUCUCAGAAGCCUAGCCAACGCACUGUUCGGUCCCAGCGCCGAUGAGGAGUCCACCUCCCUCUUCUCCUCGUCCAACGGCCUCCUCCUACCAGACUACAUGGGAGCACAUUUCGACAGUAGCAUCAUGGUCAUCGUCCCUGACAUCUCGUUCCCUACCUCCCCCUCUGAAAUCGCACUGUGGAAAGAAUCCAAGAGAAUACAAACUCAAGAUCUUCACGCAGAUCCAGGAGACUGCACAGUGGGGCAGGCUUGGAAAGGUCUUCCUAUGGUAGGGGAAGAGAAACCUGGCUCUGCUUGGGGUGCUGUGGGGGAAUACGUCAAUAGAGAACAGAUGCGUGCAGUUGUCGAUGAGCUUGGAUGUGAAUAUGAGAGUCUGCUGGGUUGUGCAGGAGAAGACGUUGGUAGUGGAGUAGGGGAUAGAUGUAUGCUCCUUGAAGCACUAGCCGAGCAGGUGAUCAUUAGUAACCAGAUGAACCAGAAGAGGGAUGAGUUAUAUGGCGACGAGGAAGAUGGGGAGAGUAGCGAUGAAGACGACGACGACGACGACGACGACGACGACGACGACGACGGCAAUUGGUUUCCCAUGAAGACGCCUUAUUACGACCCAACCGAUAUAAGGAAUACGUCGUGUUGUUUACAAGAAUAG